AUGCUUGACUUUUGCGAAGUUGGUAUAAGUGCAACUUCAGAGAGAAUACUACGGUUUAUUAGAGAAAACGUAUCUUACCUAGCGAAUAUAUUUCUCCCAGAAGUAAAUGAAACUCGAGGCGGUGCUCUUACACACAUCCAACAAAUGGAAGUAUUUUUAAGAAGCUUAGGAGACCCUGGAUUUCAGCUAGGCGUUGGACUUGAUGUUGGGAUUCAUCAAACAACCGUUUCAAAAAUUAUUGAUAAGGUAUCACGUGAAAUCUGUAGCAAGAAAAAUCAGUGGGUUAAAUUCCCUGCUACGGGAGCUAUGUUCAACAGAGCUAAAGAUGAAUGGGCAGCACAUAAUACAAUACCUCAUGUCAUUGGCGCCAUUGACUGCACUCACGUGAAAAUUAUAAAACCAUAUGUAUACGUACAUGGCGAUGAAUAUAUUAACAGAAAAGGAGUUUCUACAAUAAAUGUACAAGCAACAUGUAAUAGCAGAGAAAUGUUUACCAGUGUUGAUGCUUCCUGGCCUGGGUCUGUUCAUGAUUCUAGAAUAUGGUACAAUAUUCCUAUUUACCCUAUUAUGUAUAAUAAUCAAAAAAGAGUUUGUCUUUUGGGUGAUUCUGGAUAUGGUGUAACUCCUUGGAUGCUUACACCUUUCAAAGAUCCCAUAACAAACAUUCAAAAGUAUUUUAACAGAAUACAUGCAAGAGAACGUGUGAUUAUAGAAAGAUGCUUUGGCCAGAUAAAAACAAGAUUUCCUAUGUUGAAUACAAUCCGACUUAAAACAGAUAGAACAUGUCGAUAUAUUAUGUGUGCAUUUAUUUUACAUAAUUGUGCAAAGUUUUUGAACGAUCCAGAUGAACAUUUUGAUGAAAUGAACAUAGAAGAAGAAGCAGUUAUGCCUGAAUUAUAUGCCGAACCAAACAACGGUGAAUGA